AUGGGCAAGGUCAGCAAGGGCGGCUACUACGCCGUCCAAAAGGGCAGGAAACAAGGCAUCUAUCGCACUUGGGCCGAAUGCGAGGCUGCCACCAAGGGAUUUGCCGGCGCGGUCUUCAAGAAGUUUGACAGUCAAGAUGCGGCUCAAGCCUUUGUCCAGGCUGAUGGAUACGGUGCAUCUUCGUCUGCCAGCACCCGCACCAGCGCAAGCACAGUAACCGGUACUUCUCGGCCCUCGUACCAUCCGUACGCCACCACGGCUCCGUCCGGAAAGAAGUGGGACAAGUCAACAGCAGCCGCACAGGACGCUUCCGCACCUGCUUCCGUUCUGGGAAAGCGUCCCUCGCACGCCGAACCAACAUCGAUGAAACGGCCCCACUUGGACACUGUCUUCCCUCCAGCUCCCGCGACAACUUCCGGUGGAUCUAGCUCGCAACGCAAAAGCGUAGUCUACUGCGACGGCUCGUCGAUAGGAAACGGCAAGCACAACGCGCGCGCCGGGUGGGGUGUGUUCUUCGAAGACCCCGAGCUGCACCAUCUGAACGAAUCUCGUCGCCUCCCUGGAUCCGCCCAAACCAACAACCGCGCCGAACUCAUGGCCAUCAUUCGCGCCAUUCAAUUGUGCCCCAACGAUGGGCGUCAGCUCCUUAUCAUGUCGGACAGCCAGUACAGCAUGAACGCCGUCGAAAAGUGGUUGCCGGGUUGGAAGAGGAGGGGCUUCAAGACCGCCACAGGGGAGGCAGUGCAGAACCAGGAUCUCAUUAUGCUGCUGGACAAAGAGCUGGGUGAAAGGUAUCCGCGCCCGAAGCUGGAGUAUGUCAAGGGACACGCGGGCAUUGAUGGGAACGAGACUGUAGAUCGGAUGGCAAAGUACGGUGCGAGUCUGCCGCAGGAUGAUUCGGCGGACCUGGGCAGGAGGUCGACUGCGCCUGAGAGCCGUGUGAGGCAUGUGGAUCUGCCUGCCGGCUUGAAGACCGAUGCUUCAGUAGUCACUCCUACGGAGGCGCCGGAACAGAUGGGUUAG